AUGGAAAGCCAAAGAGCAUAUCGAUUUGUACAAGGGAAGGACUGGGGUUUUAAAAAAUUCAUUCGAAGAGAUUUUUUUCUUGAUGAAGCUAAUGGUCUUUUACCAGAUGACAAGCUUACAUUAUUUUGUGAGGUGAGUGUGGUCCAAGAUUCAGUAAAUAUAUCAGGACAUACUAAUACAAAUACGUUAAAGGUGCCUGAAUGCCGACUAGCAGAAGAUUUAGGUAAUCUCUGGGAAAACACAAGAUUUACAGAUUGCAGUUUUUUUGUGAGAGGACAAGAAUUUAAAGCUCAUAAAUCUGUUCUUGCAGCUCGAUCCCCAGUUUUUAAUGCCAUGUUUGAACAUGAAAUGGAAGAAAGCAAAAAGAAUCGAGUGGAAAUAAAUGAUGUAGGUUUUUAA